AUGGCGUCGACAAACACGUGUGAUGUGGGCGAUGAUGUGGUGGCGGCGUUCAAGGCGUUCCGCAAGAAGAACGCAGAGGCUGGUGCGCUCAUCCUCACCAUCGAUGGUGACGAGCGGAUGGUCCAUGUCGAUGAGGAGAUCGAUGAGAUCGACCUGGAGGAGCUGGCGGGCGACCUGCCGGACUCGAUCCCGCGGUUCAUUGUGUACUCGUACAAGUGGCAGCAGACUGCCGAGCGGGUCUCGUACCCUCUGGUCAUGAUCUUCUACUGCCCCUCGCAGUGCAACCCGUACUUUGCCAUGAUGUACACCUCGUCCAAGCACGUCGUCUGCAACAAGCUCUCGCUCUCCAAGGUAUUUGAUCUCGACGACGCCGACGAUCUCAACGAGGAAUGGCUCUAA